CACUUAAAUAACACGAACCCAGAGAAACUCUAUUUCUCAAAAUACUUUCUAAUUCAUGUAUGCUCCUACCAUUCACUGAAAGAUGUCACAAGAUGUUAUUUCUUGCUCACAACAUGACUCAAGCUUCUUCUACCACCGCUGCAUAGCUACCAUAGAAGGUCAUAGUUCCUACAUUUCCUCUCUUGCCAUUGGAGGACAGUUUCUAUACACAGGCUCUUCCGACAACGAAAUUCGCCUUUAUAACCGCACUGAGAUAACAUCCGAUGUUGAUCAACAAAGUUUAGCUGAUAAUAUGGUAAUAACAGGAAACGGGGCCGUAAAAUCUAUUGUGGUUUCUGCUGACAAAUUGUUCACUGCCCAUCAGGAUCACAAAAUCCGUGUGUGGAAAAUCAAUACUCAACAAACACAACAAAACAAGCUAGCACAUUUAGCCACACUCCCAACACUUGGCGAUCGUGCCCUUAAGAUUCUAAUACCAAAACACUAUGUACAAGUGCGGCGUCACAAGAAAUCGACUUGGGUCCAUCAUCUUGAUACAGUAUCAGCUUUAGCCUUGUCCAAUGAUGGAUCGCUUUUAUACUCAGUCUCAUGGGACAAAACACUAAAAAUUUGGCAGACAGCUGAUUUCAAAUGCUUAGAGUCGGUUGCUAGUGCACAUGACGAUUCAAUAAACGCGCUAGUGUUAUCGAGCAAUGGAGAAGUAUAUACUGGAUCAACUGAUAGAAAAAUCAAGAUUUGGAGGAAGACUUUAGAAGGAGAGGACCACAUUCUUGUUGCUACCUUGGAGAAACAUAAAUCUGGAGUAAAUGCACUAGCACUAAGCGCCGAUGAAAACACAUUAUACUCGGGUGGCAGUGAUCGUUGGAUUGUGGUUUGGGAGAAGAAUAUGGAUGGCAAUAUGGUGGCAGUGGAUUCUCUAAAGGGGCACAAUAAGUCUAUAUUGUGCUUGAGUGUGGUAUCAGAUUUGGUGUGCAGUGGCUCAGCUGAUGAAACAAUAAGAAUUUGGAGAGGUAUUGAGAAAUGCUACUUUUGCUUGGCUAUAUUGGAGGGCCAUAGAGGCCCUGUCAAGUGUUUGACAUUGGUAAAGGAUGAUGAUGAGCCAUCUGAUAAUUCUUAUUUAAUUUACAGUGGUGGUUUGGAUUGUGACAUCAAAGUAUGGCAGAUUUUCAUCCCUUCAACCUAGGCACCUUCCUUAUCUCAUAUAAGUUUUCAGUUGUUAUGAUAAUGCUGCCCUCGUAUAGUUUUAAUUAGUCUGAUUUGUAUCCUAUAAGUUGUU